AUGGGUAAAAAACCAAUUACCAGCAAGAGAUCUAACGAAGCAAAAGCUGCAGAAAAGCUAGACCUCACAAAAGCUGAAAUUCUUCGAAAUGAUCAACAUGCACUCCGUGCUAGCAUCUUAUUUGAAUAUCUUCAGAAGAAACCUGUUGAAAUCGCAUAUAACAGGUUUUGCGGAAUUCUCGAAAAAAACAUCAUAGGAUAAAAAGACAUUCGAUUACUGGUUUCAACGAUUUGAAAUUGGAAACGUGAAUUUGACAAAAACUAUGAAAUUUAAGAAAGUAAAGUCAACUUCCUUAUGUGAUUUGCCAGCGGAGGUUAUUAAUGAGAUUACAAGCAAGCUAGAAAGUUUUUAUCGAUUCUCUGUUCGAAAAGUUAAUCAGAAGCUGCGCGCUUCAAUCGAUAACCAGGACUAUGGAAUCAAAACAGUUGGCUACAACGUGUCAGGAAUUGAAGCAAGCUUAGAGUUGGACAAUUACCAGGUGAAAUAUAAGCUAAUCAAAGGAUUUUGUCAAUUGCGUUUCGGAAGAUCUCUUGACGCAAAUUCUCUUCACAGAAGUAUCAGCAAAGCCUCCCCAUUUGAACUUAUUCUCAUCGAUCUUACCAUCUUUUUGACGAACCCGAAAGUCAAACUGCAAAAACUUAUUGUCAAUAUCACCGUGAAAGGAAAAUCUCGCCAAAUACAUUUUGAUGCACUUGAAAACGUUUUGAAAUUGAUGAAAUGCCAUGUUUCAGGCGUAGAGUUUUUGAAUUGUUCUUCCAGUGAAGCGGCUCCCCUUUUGGCUUGCUUCAAAGUUAAAGAGUUUGUACACUUGAGUUUCGGCAACAUUGAAAAGCUAUCCGGUACUCUAUUUCAAUUAGAGCAGUGGAAGCAAGCGAAGUCACUUACAAUUCAAAGCAUCGUGUCGCUGGAACUUCUUCCCGUAAAUCAGCUUGUCCAGUUUCACUUGAUCGAAGUAACAAUGAAUUUAUUUUCCAAGAAAGAUGUAGAAAUAAUCAUGCAGGUUGUGGAACGAUCAAAAAACUUUGAACAUGCACGAAUUACUGUGCACCAAUUCAACUUGCGUAAAGCUGAGAAACACUUUGAAAACUACAAAAACGAUUUGCAAUGUGAUAUUCCGGUCAUCAUCCAAUUCGAUGAACACGGGAUUACAAUUGAAGCUAAAAAUGUUCAGCGAACAGUGUUCAAGCCUAAAGACUCAAACUAUCACAAAUUUCACAUUUCAAGUUUCACGCCGUCUUUUCCAAAUCUAGAAACUCCAUAUAGACUUCGACGUCAGAAAAUUCUGGAAUACGGAAGAAGCGCCGUUGUGGAGAAUCCGAUAACUCGUUCAGAAGACAAUAAUAGAUUUCAAGAUGAGAAAAUGAAAACGCUUGUCGCUGUGCUGAAAACAGACAAACAUGCUCUACGAGCGUGUAUCCUGUAUGAUUAUUUGAAAAAUGAACCUGUAGAGGAAGCGUAUGAUGUUUUCUGUGAGACAGUCGGUGAAAGUUCUAUGGGUUACCGCGAGUUCGAGUUUUGGAGCCAAGAAAUUGCACAGGGAACUUUUGAGCUAGAAUCUUGUCUUUGUUCCGAUGCUGUUUCACGUCUUAGAUUUCCGCAAAGAGUCAUCAACAUGAUUUUAAGCAAAGCUCGACCUAUUGACAGGUUCGUAUUGUGGAAAGUGUCUGGAGGAUUCCAACCCAACAUUCUUUCCGGCGUCCAAAAUUUCCGUGUUCUCAUUCAUAAUCGUUCUGUUAGACUUGAAAUGGACCAGGAUAGUGUUAAAUAUAAGGAUGAAGAAAUCGCUCAAAGUGACGCGAAUGUAAAAAUCGAAAAGGAGAAAUCCAAUACCUGGCAGGUUUCGGGCGGCAAUCUCGCCAUGACACUUAAUGAUUUGAAACUGAUGUUGGACGGCUCGGAACUUCAGUUCAGCACAUUCAAACUCGAGGUCGAUCAGUUUCUACCGUUCAAAUUUGAUUUUAACGAUUAUAUGAAAGAGGGAAAGAAUAUGCCGCGUUGGAAAAUUGUAAAGAACGCAUUUGAUUCAAUGAACUGUGUACCAGCGAAUUGUGUGGAUGGAUACAAGUUUGAAGGUGUAAUUCCAAUUGUACCAUGUCCAGAGUAUUAA